AUGCUCUUUGGCCGGGCAACUGCCCUUUUUUUGGUGUCCUCUCUCUUGGCACUGCCAUGCUUGUCCUUGCCCACCAAUGAGCAGCGACAAGCUGGGUCGCAACACCUCGGCGCAAGGGCGACCUACUCGGUAGUGCCCAUCGAUGGCGGAUCGGGUCCGGGUGGAUCCGGCGAAUCCGGGGGUUCCGGUGGGUCGGGCUCCGGCCUUGGUCCGGGGCACGGGGGCUCGGGAAGGGAUCCUGUGACGGUCACCGUAAUCAAGACCCUGCCCCAAGAGACAUCCUUCCGGACCGUCUACGUCACGCCGCAUCCAACUACAGAACGCGUUACCGAGACUGUCGUCGUCACCAAAACGAUCAGGGUCGUCGACAUCGGGCCGGCUCCGACAAGCCUCACGACGACUGCCUCGAACACUUCGACACCUUCCACCAGUGGAAUCGACACAACAUCGUCGAUACCGCCAAUCGCCUCACCAUCUCCAACUACAUCGGUGUCAAGGCCAUCGUCCGCUUCAGCUAAAGCCCCCCUUCAGACGGGAUCCACCAGCACCCGGGUCAGUGCCAGCAUCAUCACCAGUACUUACGACAAUGGUAGAUGGCACACAUCGCACCCAUUCGGGAACGGCACUGUCUGGCAUCAAGUCUCUCGGGACCGGCGCUGGCUGCGGCAAUUUGUGUGA